UCUACAACGACAACAAAUUGUCAUAGCCCCCGUCCUUUUCACAUACUCACUCUUAAUUCCUCAAACAAAAAUUAUUAGCCAACCAUACCGUCCCUCUUAGUAAACAGAGCACGAAGAAUGUCAUUCUUCUCAAGGAAGAAGCAGCCUAGCGCAAGUCAGCUCGCUGCUUCAUCCGUAACAGUAGCUCAGACUCCAAGCCAAGCUCUCGCGCAGCUGGCUGCAAAGGACAACGCUGCUCAACUUCAACCCUCGCGUGACAACGAUUCUUCCAACACCACAAAUGGCCCUGUACCAGCCCUCGCUCAACGUCAACAAGCUCGCGGACCCAGCCCCCAGUCACAGCAGCAGCCACCCCAGUCACAACCACCACCACCUCAAACCUCCCAGUUACCUCAACAACGGCCAGCUUAUCCCUGGUCUGCACGGCGCUUACUCCUCCCACCCCCACUCGUAAUUUCGAAGCCUGGCGUGCCCGCACCAAAUUCACCUUCACCUUCACCAUUCCCUCGCUACGGUCAUGCACUUCCGGCGACAGCCACUGCUUCGGGAGAGUUGUAUCUUUUUGGUGGUCUGGUUCGCGAAACCGCCCGAAAUGAUUUAUACCUUUUCUCUACUCGCGAUCUUUCCGCGACUCUCGUGCAGACAGCCGGAGAAAUACCCUCGCCGCGAGUUGGUCAUGCUAGUGCAAUCGUUAGCAGCGUUCUCAUUAUAUGGGGAGGCGAUACAAAAACAGACCCCACGUCUGAUCAGUCGGAAAAACAAGAUGAUGGCUUGUAUCUUCUCAAUCUCGUUUCACGAGAGUGGACCCGGGUAGCUAUGCACGGUCCUGCACCUGCUGGACGGUAUGGUCAUGCCGUUACUAUGGUCGGUACCAAAUUUUUUGUUUUCGGGGGUCAGGUAGAUGGCGAGUUCCUGAAUGACCUCUGGUCAUUUGAUCUCAAUACUCUACGGACAACAACAACUUGGGAGCCGUGUCAACCCGUCGGAACCGCCCGUCCUGCCCAACGUACAGGACAUGCCUGUGUAACAUACCAGGAUCGCAUCAUCGUGUUCGGAGGAACAGAUGGCCAAUACCAUUACAAUGAUACAUGGUCUUAUGAUACUAAUACCAGGACUUGGUCAGAACUGCAAUGCAUUGGAUUUAUUCCCUCACCCCGGGAAGGCCACGCAGCUGCUGUAGUCGACGACGUCAUCUAUAUAUUUGGCGGUCGGGGUAUAGACGGCAAGGACCUUGGGGAUUUAGCGGCAUUCAAGAUGUCAAACCAACGGUGGUAUAUGUUCCAAAAUAUGGGUCCAGCGCCUAGCGGCCGUUCAGGUCAUGCUAUGGCGUCCAUGGGAACUAGAGUUUUUGUUCUUGGCGGGGAAUCUUUCACGCCAACCAAGGGUGAUGACCAUGGAAUUAUUAAUGUUCUUGACACCAAGCACAUCAAAUACCCUGAUUCAAGCAAAGGACUACCGGCCAACAAGUCUGAUCGAAAAUCAUCUGCAACACCUACCCCUCCGCCAGGACCACCUGCACAAGGAAGCAAUGUGCCUAAUGGUACCCGUGCCAUGUCCCCGACAGGUACUCCUCAAGACGUAGACGACCUCCGCCGGGCUAUAUCCCCGCCAGGAAUCCGGCCUGGAACUCGUACACCGAAUGGUGCCCCUGUGCAGUCAUCUCCUAAUACCAAAGGUAAAGCACCGACACGCCCUCGAAGAGAUGAUGGGGACGUGUUGGGAACGGAUGAUGGGAACGGGACGGACACCGGUGCUACCAUCGAGUCUAUCACUACAUCCCGAGAUCACGCACCAUCUCCAGACCAGACCCGAGCACGAAGUCCCAACUCCUUCAGUGUCACCCGUGCGAUGUCCCCCACAUCUCAGAGCGGAUCCGAUCUCUAUGGCAACGUACAGCCACCCAAUGUGGCGAGUAUAGCGAUGAGCGGUCUGGCUGCCCGAAGUCCAUCACCCGUUGUGGAUCGUAGCAGGCCUCCACUUGAUGCCUUUUAUCAGCCAUCAGGUGGUUCUCCUGGUGCGAAUGGAAACGGAAAUGGGCAUGCCCAGGGGAAAUUCGGUUCAACGGGCAAUGUGACUGCUGACCUGAUUCGGGAUUACAAGGUCAAAGAGAUGGAAGUUGAGACGUUGCGGAGGCGAGAGGCUUGGAUGAAGACAGCGCUUUUGAAGGCCUCCCGGUCGGGCUUUGUUCAACUUGACGAAGAAACAUUGGAAGCUGAGGAUAUUGACUUCCAAGAUGAUGCCAGUGAGGAACAAAGGAAACUUGCUGACAUGGUCAUGAAUUUCAGGCACUUCAAAACCCAGGUGCAGACUACCCUGGUCAAUCAAGCCCGCCAGGCUUCAGAGCGCAUUGCGGAUGCUGAGCGCAUGAAGUCUGCUGCGAUCCAGGAAGCUGCAUACUACCGCGCAAAGCUCACGGCCCAUGAAGCAUCUAUGCCUGGCGAGGUCUCGCAAAUAGAGCGAGAACGUAUUGCUGAGCUCGAACGCCAUCUUGCCACUCUAUUAGUGGAACAGACUGCACAGAAGAAGACAGCAGACGAACUGAGUGACUCGCUGGCCUUGCAGACUACACUUCUUGAGCAGGCGGAGGCACGGUCCUCUGAUGCCAACAACCGUGCUGAUGCUCUGGAGGAGACACACCAUCGUGUUGUUCGUGAACACUCAGAAAUUCGCGACCGUUACGUAGAAGUCGAGGCCGCUCUUCGAGACCAUGCCGAUCGACUUCUUGGCCAGACUUCUCUGCUCGAACAAAAAGAUGCUGAAACAGCUCAGGUUAAGAGACAGGUUGAGGAGUUGAGCCAACUCCGUGAUCAGCAUAUCCGCGCUCUCGAUCAAGCCCGUACGGCGCUACAAGCCGUAUCGUCCCGCUCUGAAGAGGAUCAACGUGCUCUCUUGGUGAACUUCUCGAUUCACAUCGUGACCUUAGGGCAGACGAAGACCGGUUAACGAGAGGACAUGCAGAGAAGGUGGAGACUAUGGAGGUGGAAGCUGCUUCUCUACGGAAGAUGCUGAAGGAGGUCACCCAGCAGCUGGAGGAAGUGCAAAAGGAUCUUUCAGAGGAGCGUCGCAGGGUACGACAAACGGAAUCUGAGCAAACAUUC